CCACAUGACCGGGUGCUCCGCCAAAACCGUCUCCAUUUUCCGUCGCGAUCGUUCGUCGAACCCAUCGAGACCCAAGGUCCUCUCCCCCCCCCCAACAAGCCUCCGCAGCGCUGAGGAAUGCGACUGUCGGUGCUCAGCUCCAAGCGAUGGACGGCUCCUUGCGGCAUCGGCAUAUGGAGCCGUGUAUCCAGGAGUCCUCGGCUGGAUGCCAUGGUGCGCUGGUACGCAACCGCCCCAAGAACCGGCAGCGGCAAAGACCAUCUGGAUCUGUCCCAGUUCACGCCAGACAAGAUCCGCAACUUCAGCAUCAUUGCCCAUAUUGAUCACGGCAAGAGCACACUUGCGGACCGACUACUCGAACACACAGGCACAAUACAGCGCAACGACGGCAACAAGCAGGUUCUUGACAAGCUGAAAGUCGAACGUGAGAGAGGAAUCACGGUGAAGGCCCAGACCGUAUCAAUGUUCUAUUCGCACAACGGCGAGCUCUAUGUACUCAACUUGAUCGACACACCUGGCCACGUCGAUUUCAGCUACGAGGUGUCGAGAUCGCUUGCUGCGUGCCAAGGAGCAAUUUUGUUGGUCGAUGCUAGCCAAGGCAUCCAAGCUCAGACGGUGGCCAACUUUUUCCUGGCCUUUGGGGAGAACCUCACAGUCGUCCCGGUCCUGAACAAGGUCGAUCUGCCAUCGGCGGAUGCCCAAAAGGUUUGCAACCAGAUCGAAAGCACCUUUGAACUGCCGACGGACCAAAUCAUCCGAAUCAGUGCCAAGACGGGGGUAAACGUGGACCAGAUCUUGCCGAUGGUUAUCGACAAGAUGCCCCCACCGGAAGGCGACCGCACCAAGCCCUUCAAGGCCCUCCUCUUCGAUACUUGGUACGACCAGUAUCUGGGCGUCAUCUGUCUGAUGGCCGUGAAGGACGGUGUACUCAAGCCUGGUGAGAAGAUCGUCAGUGCGCACAGCGGCCUGGCCUACGAAGUCACCAACUUGGGGCUCAUGUAUCCCGAGCAGACACCGGCAGCAGCACUCUAUGCCGGACAAGUCGGCUAUGUGAUUCUGGGGAUGAAGACUUGUCGCGACGCACACAUCGGCGACACAUUUUACCACCAGUCUCAGCCCGUCGAACCGUUCCCCGGGUUCGCUCCGGCCAAGAGCAUGGUCUUUGCGGGCUUGUACCCUAUGGAUGCCUCUGAAUACGACAAGUUGUCCGAGGCUCUCGAGCGCCUGACGCUGAACGAUGCAUCGGUCUCGGUCGUCAAGGAGACAUCGUCUUCGCUGGGCCAGGGCUUUCGUCUAGGCUUUCUGGGGACGCUGCACAUGGAUGUGUUUCGCCAGCGUUUGGAGGAAGAGCACGAAGCAACAGUCAUCAACACUGCCCCGACGGUGCCCUUCCGCGUGCUCUACAAAGACGGCUCCGAGAAGCUCAUUCGCAAUCCCGCCGAGUUUCCCGAGAUCGAAGAGCUCUCCAAAGUCGAUCAUUUCCUCGAGCCCAUGGUGCUCGGAACUCUUGUCUUUCCCGAAGAGUACCUGGGCAGUCUCAUGGAUCUCUGUGGGAAUCAUCGUGGAGAGCAGGUUGACUUUACCUACAUCGACGACAGCCGCGUCAUGAUCAAGUACAAGCUCCCAAUGUCAGAAAUCCUCACAGAGUUUUAUGAUCAGCUCAAGAGCCGCACCUCGGGAUACGCUAGCUUUGAUUACGAAGAAAUCGGCUACGAAGAGGCCGAUAUGGUCAAGAUCAACUUGCUCCUGAACGGCAAGCCCGUCGACGCCCUCUCGACAAUCGUGCAUCGAGUCCAGGCUGAGCGGGUGGCAAAGAUCUGGGUCAAGCGGCUCAAGAAGGUUGUGCAAAGGCAACUGUUUGAGGUGGCGAUCCAAGCUUCUAUCAACGGGAAGAUCGUGGCUCGUGAGUCCGUCACGGCUCUGCGCAAGGACGUGACCGCCAAAUGUUACGGAGGCGACAUCACUCGCAAGAUGAAACUGCUGGAGAAACAAAAGGCUGGCAAGAAGAAGCUCAAAGCUGUGGCCGGCGGCGUUCAACUGCCACAGGAAGCUUUCCUGACGCUCAUGAGCGGCCAACAUGAGGACGAUUAAAGCUCUCGAACGCACGCCCUGAGCUGCUGCGGCGGAUGCGAUCCAGAUACCGCGACUGGGCACAUGGGUGAUUCAAUGCAUGGCGACUGGGCACGUGGCGAUCGAAUGCAUGGCAGUUCGGGGGUGAACGUGGAUUAUGCAGAGAGUGCAGUCGUUUCCAACGAGGAGUCUGACGACUUUGCCGGCCCAGCCGACUUUUGGAUUUGAAUAGACGCUCAUUCACCACUCAAA